CGCACUACUUCCCCCCCGGUCAGCUGACUGUGAGUGAGAUGUUGUGUUGAAGGACCUCUGAGGCGAAAACCUGCUAUUAUCUGCGCUAUGUAUGGGAAGCUGCGAUUACUUGACUGAAUUACAGCGUGUGGACCAAACACUGAAGGCGUUAAACACAUCGUGACUUCCUUACACUCGAGGCCCGGUGGACAAACUUUCCUGCCAGCAGCCAUGACAGAAUUCUGGUUAAUCUCCGCUCCGGGGGAGAAGACGUGCCAGCAGACCUGGGACAAGAUGAUGGUCGCCACCUCACGCACCAACAACCUCUCUACCAACAACAAGUUCAACAUCCCUGACCUCAAGGUCGGAACACUAGACGUCUUAGUGGGUCUGUCGGAUGAGCUGGCUAAACUGGACACUUUUGUGGAGAGUGUGGUGAAGAAGGUCGCUCAGUACAUGGCUGAUGUUCUGGAGGACAGCCGAGACAAAGUCCAGGAGAAUCUACUGGCUAAUGGAGUUGACCUGGUCACUUAUAUCACCAGAUUUCAGUGGGACAUGGCAAAGUACCCAAUCAAACAGUCUCUGAAAAACAUCUCUGAGAUCAUCUCCAAGCAAGCGACUCAGAUAGACAACGACCUGAAGGCCAGAGCUUCGGCCUACAACAAUCUGAAGGGAAAUUUGCAAAAUCUGGAGAGGAAGAAUGCGGGGAGCUUGUUGACCAGGAGUCUGGCUGACAUCGUGAAGAAGGAGGACUUUGUACUGGACUCAGAGUACCUGAUUACCAUGCUGGUAGUCGUCCCAAAGACGGGCUACACUGACUGGCAGAAGACGUAUGAAACGCUGGCAGAAAUGGUUGUACCACGCUCCACUAAGCUGCUGUUUGAAGACAACGACAGCGGUCUGUUCAGUGUCACUCUCUUCAGGAAGGCUGUGGAUGACUUCAAGCACAAGGCCAGGGAAAACAAGUUUACAGUGCGUGAUUUCCAGUACAAUGAGGAGGAGAUGAAGGCAGACAAAGAAGAGAUGACACGUUUGUCCACUGACAAGAAGAAACAGUUUGGGCCUUUGGUACGAUGGCUGAAAGUGAAUUUCAGUGAAGCCUUCAUCGCGUGGAUUCACAUAAAAGCCCUGCGUGUGUUUGUGGAAUCAGUACUGAGAUAUGGGCUACCAGUCAACUUCCAGGCCAUGCUGCUUCAGCCCAACAAGAAGAACAUGAAGAAGCUGAGGGAGGUGCUGUAUGACCUGUACAAACAUCUGGACAGCAGUGCUGCCAUCAUUGAUGCCUCCAUGGACAUCCCAGGUCUGAAUUUGAGCCAGCAGGAAUAUUACCCCUAUGUUUACUACAAGAUCGACUGCAACCUGCUGGACUUCAAAGUCUAGAUACAUUGCCAUCAUCAUCAUCAUCAUCAUGUGCAGUAGUGUUCUGGUGUGACUCCGUCACAUCACCAAGCUUUAAUUUAUUUCCACACCCACUCUGUUUUCCUGAUUUUCUCACUGUCUGCGUCCCCCCCCCCCGCUUAUGUUCCUGGCACAUCUGGCACAUUCCUGGGUCUAACCAGAAUAAGUUGUUAGGAAUCAGAACUGAUUGGUGACAGUAAGUAAGGUCAGAUAGAUUACAGAGGUAAACUGUCUCCAGUCAUAACUUCUGUUCUAAUACACUUGAAUAUGGGAACGCUCCUCUGUUGUCACUUCCUCUUUGUAUUACGCUGUAAAAGUGAACAGCUUCACAGUGUACUCCCACCAAAAUGGUUGACAUUCCCUUGUGGCAUCAAAGGACUUAUACUGCAUUUUCAUUGUCACCCCCCCCUCAUUCUACUUUAUUUAAAGUAACAUGAAUGGUACAUAUGUGGGGGAAGUGGGGGGUGGGGUGGGGUGGGGGGGAGAUAAAUGUAUGUUAAAUAUUGUAUUUAUUUAAAGACUCUAAAAUCAGUGAAUGUGUUUUUGUUUGUUCAGUUUUUGAAGGUGAUGUGUUUUUAGCUCCAUGUAAGGAAUGUCUGUUUACAAGUAGAUGUUGACCACGGUUUCCCCCUCUCCAGCUAUUAUCCUGUGAAAUACUGAAACUGCUCAUUUUACAGUAUAAAGAAGCAAUAUGUUUGCUGCUCGUAUGCUCCUUUUGAUUUCUGUAUAUUAGCAAUUUUAAGAAUAACUAUGAUAGGUCUAUGUGCAAAUACUGUAUUGUCAGUAUAACUGAAAAUUGAACCACAUAUAUUUAAAGUAAAUGUGAAAAUAAAUACUCUAUG